AUGAGGAUUAGGAAAGCGGAUGAAGACGACCAGGUGCAACAAUUCCCAGAGGACUCCUCGCAGUCGCAGAAGACCGACCCCCCUCGAACCCCAAUCUUUGAAAAGGGGCGCUCCUCCCCCUCCCCCUCUCAGAUCCCCCAGAAUCGCGAUGAGUCCCUCCGGCUGGGUGUCCCGCUUCUCCUCCUUCCUCCUCCUCUUCUGCCUCCACCCCAGCGCCCAAGGGUCCCCAGGGCUGGUCCGCCCACCAGGUUGGCUGCAUCUUCCGUCUCGUCUCAGAGCGUCUGGAUGGCGUCUUUUGGCGUUUGUAGAGCUAUUGAACCGAACCGCUUGGUAGUAGCCGAACGGCGCCCCGAGGGCCAUGCCGUUUUGGAGACGUUCGACGAUGUGAUCGAUGCUCUGACCUUGGGUCAUCGCGUCCAGCUGGUCAUGGACUUCAGAGCCUGUGGCGUCGCCGACAAGCUCGUGAAUCUCGAACAAGCAGUAAGAACGCUUUCGAUCUCGGAAUUCCUCCGUAUCACACAGAUCGUCACGCUUCUACCCGUUACAUUUGGUUCCACCGUCGCCAUUUUAGUGAAGCCUUUCUUCGUGAGGAGCGUGGGAUAUCUGGAUUCCAACUCGGUCUUCACUUAUGUAAUGCAGGAGAUGAAUGCGGUGGAUUAUUCCAUCCAUUACAAUUCGUCCUUCACCUGUACCAUGAAUGCCGGAGUCACGGUCUACGAUCGCAGCAGAAAGGAUCAGAGUGGUCGCUACCGACAAAGCUCGACCUUGAAGACCUACAAGGACCUGAAGAAGGCCCUGCUGACUGGGAAGGACGUUACUCGGGUGAUAUCCUACGAUCUCUGCUGGGAACCUCCUCCCUUCCGCGUUUCGGCCGGGUAUCCCACCCGCGACUUCUACUUCGUCAACAAAGGCAAGGAAUCACCUCCCGUGGUCGUGAGGAACCCAGGGAAAGGAGGAAAUUUCGCCGUGAACAGCUACCACAUGAACAUCUUCCCCGACAAUUCCAUCAAGGUGCUCACGGCCGUGUGGGACAUGGUGGACUUCGACAAGGAGCACUCCGAUCCCGAGAGUUACGAUUGCCACAUGGACGAAGGCGUCGUCUUCCUCGCCGAGAAGACGGCCCCGGAGGCGGUGGCGACGUUCGCAGGCGCGUUGGAUGCCCUCACGGCCGGGAAGGAACUCCAAGCGCUCGUCGACCUCGAGUUUUGCCGGUCUGGGAGCUCCGAACCGAUGCUGCUCGCGGAGAGCCAUCGGUUGGUGCUGUGGGGGUAUUACAACGAGGAGUCGGUGUUCGGGACCCCGUUCUUCGGCUUCUCCCACGACCACAUCACAGAGGAGGGAGACAUGUACAUGGAGGAGCUGACGGCUUACGAAGACGGCCGGGUGAAGGUGAUCCUCGAGACGACUUCCCGGCCCGACGGACGCCUGCUCGCCGCUCACGAGUUCAACUGCUCCAUCGGGGACGACGUCACUUUCUUCGCGGGUCGCCGGGACAGAAAGCAACUGAAGAACUUCCAGGAACUGAAGGACGCCAUCGGCGGAGGCGACCAGGUGGCCGUGUCAUCCAACUUCGGCGAUUGCGGGGUGGGGCCCUCUGCCCGCGUGAGCGGCGGGGCCUCCGUCUCCAAUCCUUUCCUCUUCAGACCGAUCGGCGGAGAAGACGAGGCGUUCCUCAGCGCCGGGGGCCUGACGCGGAACGUGAACCCGACGGGAGGCCGCUACGUCUACCAGAGCAUGCCGGUCGUGGUCUACCCGGACGACUCCGCGCUCUUCCUCCCGGCGCUCUACGACACGACGACGUUCGAGAAUCUCCUCGGCGACGAGUUCUAUUACGAAUGCGACGUCGACGACGGGAGGGGAGGCGCGGCCAAGGUCUACGUCUGAAGGCGGGUGCGAUUUCGCGGACGUUUUCGCGGGCGUUUCUCGCCUUCGUUUUUCUUCCAAGAGAGUCUUUUCGCGGAGAGCCUCUGUGAUGCUCGAAUGGAAUAAAGAUUGAUGUCAG